AUGUCAAGAACAUUAGUGUAUCAAACCAAUAAAGAAUUCGAUAAAUGUGCCGAACUCUUACGUAACAUUCUAAGUGUUCAAGAAUCGCGUCGAAACUCGAAAUCGUCAGCUAUCGUCGAAAUAAAUCGAAAAAACCAACAGCAACAAUCUCAAGCAAGUAGUCGAUUGAAAAAAUCCAACACAAAACCAAUUGUUACAAAGUUGUCUUUCAACAAAUCAAAUACCAAUAACAAUAACAACACAGAAAUUGGAGAACGUCGAUCAUCUUAUUCACCGACGAAAUCUCUUCUAUCCUCGGCAGGUGUACCACCGACAGAGGAACAAGCAUUACUAAAAGCUCGUCUCAGUCCAAAUAAAUCUCGUAAACAUCAAACGCGUUCUCCAUCUCCCACGCAACUUAUUCAUCAACGUCAUACAUCUCCCAUCAAAACUUCUCCUUCGACGACUAAUAAAUUUCGACAGAAAUCUCCGACAUCACCCGUUCGCCGUCGUCGACGUACUCAAGACCAGCAAGAUCUCGUUCGAAGCUCGUCCUGUGGCGAUUUACCAUCCGGUAGUUUCAUGCCCAAACAACAAACGCGAUGCAUUGUCGAGCAAUUCGUUGCGCAUCUGACACGAAUUCGAGCAAUUUCGAAACAGAUUCGAGCAAGAAAUGCCAGCACUGUCAAUGAUGCUGAAUAUUAUCAUCUAUGGAACGAACUGGAAAGUUCACUUUCGUCAGCGUUAUCUUAUGCAAAUGAUGAUAUACAAUUUCAAUUAUCGUUAGAACCAUUGAGAGAUGAAAUCUUCCAACUGCGAAAACAAUUACAAUCAACCAAUGUUCAUCUACGCGAAUUUGAUAAUCGUCGUAGUGAAGAUCAAUACGUUCAUAUGCCAAAAAAAUUCGAUACAAAUCAUAACCUUCAAUACGCUCAAUUACUAUUAGAAAAUCAAGAACUUCGAACACAAUGUGAUUUAUUACAAGAAAAAAUCGAUAAUUUAGAACGAACUAACAUUCGUCUUAUACAACGUUUAACUCAACAAGAUCUUCGUGCACUUGCCGAAAGAACUGAAUGGGUAUCGACUGAUAAUCGAUUUCUUCUUCGAGAAGAAAUUCUGUUGUUGAAACAAAAGUUAUAUCAUGUUUACGAUGACUUCGCGACCGUUCUCAAUCGAAAUCAUACACUAGAAAUGGCCUAUGGAGAACAAAAACAACAAUUGUCAGGUUAUAAGCAACAAUUCAGCGACUUAAAACAAUCAGCAAAAUGCCUUCUGUUUGACUUGGAUAAACGAGCGACAGAGGAGAAAGUCAAACGGUUUUUAAAUAACAUCGUGAUCGGUCAUCAGCAUCCAGGAAUAUCAACUAGUCAUAGUACAUUUCAUCAAACACAUAUAACACCAACAAAAACGAAUCCAUCAGUUGUAAAUUCCUGUUCAUUCCUCUUCGAAACGCCUCAUAAGGCUGCCGCACCUCCACCAACACAACCGGCAACGAAUCGUGCUCAUGUAUCGCCGAUUGCUCCAACAAAUAAACUUCGUCCCAAGUCGCUUUUUGUUACUCCGACGGUGCUCAAUGAUGCCGCAGCACUUUCCAAACUUCAACAAAACCGAAGUCCAACAUGUGAUAUCACAACUCAUACGCCUAGUUCUUCGUCGACCAUUUGUGAUGCGGAAUCCAUUCUAACAACAUCUUCAUCCUUACAACAACAAAAGAAACGUACGACUCUCUACAAUAGCUUGCCGUCAUUGAAUGUACCUCAAACAAAUGAUACGAUAGGGGACACUCAUGAUGCACAAGGUUUCAAUGAAGACCGUACGAAUACCAAUAACAACAAUAAUAAUAAUGAAAGCGGACCUGAGCUCGAUCAAAUCUCGGAUUUAACAUCGAAAAUGUUCAGUUCAGGUGAAGAAGAAGAAGAAGAUGUUGGCCUUGGUGUCAGCGGAACUUCCACAUCCGAAUCGUCAAUCAUCGAUCUUUUUAGCCUUUGCUUUGUCAUUGAAUUGAUGAGCGAUUCGGAAAUGCGGCAAUUAGGUACUGAAGAAAAGGCUGCACUUCUUCUCACAGCUGCUGACGAUGAUGACCAUUUCACGAACGAACGUGAUGACAUUCCAGUGAUUCCAAAACGUCCGAAAACGUAUCAACGGCGUCAUUCGAAUAGUACUCCUUCGGUAUGCUUCUUCUUCUUGAUUCUAAGUGCAUUUAUCAUUGGAUCUAUCAGCGGAGUUGUCAUUAUGCUUUACCGGAUAUCUCAAGAUCCGGAACAGGCGUAUUUAUCGUCAGUUUCAUCACAUCUGACUAGAGUCGAUCUCACGAUAAGAACAAAACUAUCCCAAUCGUUUACGAAAUCGGACUUCAUGAAUCUCACUCGUCAAGUUAAGUCCGAAUCAGAUACUGCAAGUAAAUUAGAACAACUUUGGCAAUCAUCGAAAUUAUUCACACGUGUCAGUAAAUUGUCGUAUGAUUUAACGCUUUCGAUUUAUUCUCCUCUACCACAAUGGACUGGCGUUCAAUUGCUCGACAAGAACACAAACGUUGAAAUUAAGAAAUGCAAUGUUUUGACAACAAAUGAUUAUUUAACAUUUUCAUCAUUGGUGAAAUCCGGACGAGUCCAAGCCAGUUAUAUUUUUUAUGUUAACUAUGGUCGAAAAGAAGACUUUGCUUAUUUAAUUCAGAAAAAUCAAAUUCAAUCGGAAAACUAUGACAAAACAGUAGUAUUUAUGCGGAGAAAUUUCAAUGUCAUCACCCAAACCGAACAAAUUCGGCAGGCGAGUCGAUACGGAUUUGCUGGUCUAGUUCUAUUCGAUGAUCCAGAAAAAGAUCCACAGCUGACAACAACCAAAGAUCGACAAACAUUUCUGGACGAAUGGGAAAGACAUCCAGUAGGAAAAGAACGACAACAAUUCCUAGAUGGUAAUCUCAAUGAAGACGAUCGUCCGAUCUCUGUCGUCUUACUUUCCUAUACUGAUGUUCAAAAUCUAUUUUCAUACGACUCAAACGAUUGGUUUCCAUGCCCGCCGGAAUGGCAUAAUGCGAGUUCACAUCUGAAACUAGGCGGUUUGCUUCAAACGAUUAAACUAAAUAUGAUUACAUUCAUGCAAGAAGUACCCGUGCAUUUGCCCGUUGUACUUGGUUACAUUCCUGGAACAAGCGAUAGCGAUCGAGUUGUUAUGAUUGGAUAUCAACUAGAGAGAAAACAACAGGAGAAAAUCGUUAAUGAAAUCAUUCGAGCAUAUGCAAAUCAAAUUAAAAACGGUUGGCAACCAAGACGUUCCAUUCUCUUCAGUGCUUGGUCUGGUUCAGCCUACGAUCAUCAUACAACUCGACAAUGGAUUUUGAACAAUUACCGUUUACUCGAUCGAAAUUUAGUCGCGUACAUUGAUCUCGGUCAUGGCAUUAGCGGAAAUUCGACCCUUAAUCUUCAUGGUUCGCCACUAUUUCAACAAAUAGCUCAACGUGCUGCUGAUUUUGUUGCCAGUCCACUUAUUCAUGAUCAUGCUUGUCACCAUCGUCAGGGAGCAAUGCCUGUGGCACAUGCACAUGUUCAUCGACGACGAAGACACGGGGACGAACAUGGACACCAAGUACAAAUGAAUCAACAUGAAGAACAAACUGAAUGUGAGCCACAUAAAUUAUUUGAUGAAUGGUUACGCGCUAGUAAAAACCGUAUCAAUGCCAACCAAACAACAAAUAUCGUUCAAAUGAUUGAUAACGAUUCAUCUGCUGCAUUAUUUCAAUUAAAAUAUGGCAUUCCUUCAUUAAUUAUCGAAAUGUCAGAAGAACAGUAUAUCUACACAUUGACAAGUAUCAUUUUCAACACCAUUCAUACUGCAUUGACAAACGAUACAUUUUACGCACGAAAGUUACCGCCCACCUUCAAUGCUGAGAUUCAACCACAGGUCAUUGUUGCUUAUACACAAUUUGUCUCCGAAAUCGUUCGUCAAUUAGCUGAUGAACCAUUGAUCCCAUACAAUGUGACAGAUUACGCGAUUUUACUUGAAAAACAAACAGCUGAUUAUUUGACACACUAUGACAAACAAUACCACUUGUUAGCUGCUCAACUUGGCGACUCGAGUGAACUGACAAAACUUAACAAUGAUUUAAUAAAAGCAAUACGACAAGUGCAAUCACGUAUUGAUCAAAUCUCGAAGAAUAAUUACAUGGAUCUGCAAUUACUAAACAACAAAUUAAUUGAAUUCGAACGUUUAUUUAUCGUCAGUGAUUCGUCGGAAACAUACAAACAUUUUUUCCUUGGACCAGCGGUUGGUUUAACGAAUACAGUUGUACCAUAUCCAAUGUUAUCGAAUCUUCUCUUCGGUCUUACGAAAGAGCCUCCAACUGAAAUAGGUGAUGCAUCGAAAUUGUAUUGGUCAAAAGUUAAACAGCAGAUUCAAUUGAUGACAAGAACACUCAACGGUGUCGAAGAUCUUCUCUCAAAUCCAUGA